AUGAUACUUUCUGUUUUGUCGAGCCCUGCUUUGGUCUCUGGUUUGAUGGUUGUACGUGCUAAAAAUCCGGUACAUUCCGUUUUGUUUCCCAUCCUAGUCUUUUGCGACACUUCUGGUUUACUUAUUUUGUUAGGUCUCGACUUCUCCGCUAUGAUCUUCCCAGUAGUUCAUAUAGGAGCUAUUGCCGUUUCAUUCCUAUUCGUGGUUAUGAUGUUCAAUAUUCAAAUAGCGGAGAUUCACGAAGAAGUAUUGCGCUAUUUACCAGUGAGUGGUAUUAUUGGACUGAUCUUUUGGUGGGAAAUGUUCUUCAUUUUAGAUAAUGAAACCAUUCCAUUACUACCAACCCAAAGAAAUACGACCUCCCUGGGAUAUACGGUUUAUGCCGGAAAGGUACGAAGUUGGACUAAUUUGGAAACAUUGGGCAAUUUACUUUAUACCUACUAUUCCGUCUGGUUUUUGGUUUCUAGUUUGAUUUUAUUAGUAGCUAUGAUUGGGGCUAUAGUACUGACUAUGCAUAGGACUACAAAGGUGAAAAGACAGGAUGUAUUCCGACGAAAUGCCUUGGAUUUUAGGAGGACUAUAAUGAGGAGGCCGAGAGCUAGCACGAAAACAGUGAUUCUUGAACGGCCAAGAAUCACAGCAAAGAACAGAACACCUCGUUCCCAUUUCUCUUUUUGUACGGGGAAGUCCGUGGGGACCCACUCCCGAAGUGUCUCCUCCUGGGCCGAAUUUAGCGAGCUCCUACCCGUAGUGGCCCCCUACGUUGAAACUGUAGUUGAAACUGCGGGGAGUGUACCGAUGCCACAAAGGCCUUAG